CGCAAUAUUCUGAUCUUCUAUCUCCUUCCACCGUUUGCAAGAAGGGCUAGCUUAGCGCACCUCCUUGACGAGGCGGAGAGCAGCGCUGGCGAGAAGGGCUCAGCGCACCUCCUUGAUGCGGCGGAGAGCGGCGUCGGCAUCAAGGGCUCAGCGCAGGCGGCGGCCUCCACAUCCCUCCAUCCAUGGUUAGAAGCUACGAUGGAGACGACGGAGGGCAGCUGCAAGGAAUCUCCCGUCGCGCAGACGGUCGCCGUGGAAGGCAGAGACAGAGAAUCUGACAGAAAGAACCGCGAGCACCUUUGUGCGGAAGCCCUCUCGCAGCUGCCGGGCUCCAAGAUUGACGGGGAGUACGACCCCUUAAUGCUUGACCUCUUCGUCUACCGGCGUGCCGUUGCUCCGCGGGACACCGCCUGGGAGAGUGCCCCAUUGGUCCUCCACGACGAGGGACUCAUCACAGUCAGGGUUGGCUGGCCUCCACAUGAACCCGAGCAGCCAUGGGACCUAGUGGAAGCUAUGACGAGGAUCCUUGGCCACCAUCCGGGCCCAGUAUCUUCGUUCCGCCUCCAUUCGUCGCUCUCGCCCGACGUGGACACGCUGGGCUGCUGGAUGGAUUUGCUCUCAGAGAAGGGAGUCGCAGAGUUGAUUAUCUUCAACUUGUACCAGGACGUAUCGACCGCGCAGCUGCCGUUGCAACGUCUCACAUCGUACCACCAGUGCGCACGUAUGUGACAGUUGAUCGCAUUAACUUCCAUCGUAUCCUCGCAGUCGCAGUCGCAGGCGGCAGACAACCUCGAUCCAUAUGAAAAUUAGAGUAUACUAAGGUUGUCUGCAUCAGAUUAUACAUAUGAUUGUGUAAUUUAACACUUAGAAUUCUCG